AGGCAGGCUCAAGCCGGGUGCGAAUGCCGCGCCAUGCCUACAAGGCCGCGCAAUGCCUCUCCCAAUCCUGCGGCCCGGAAAGGCGCACGGGAUGAGGCGCAGCGAACCGAUGGUGUGGCUCCCCGGCAGUGUACUGACGUGGGCUGCUGCUUGUGCUUCGUCCUUUUCCUGGCACUGACUCUUCAAGGACUCCUCGGCCCACCGGACUUCCAGAAGCUUUCGCGCGGCAUUGACCACCGCGGACGCAUUUGCGGCUGGAGCCCUGGAGCUGAGGAGCAGAGCUUUCUGUACUGGUGCGUGGCCAGGACGGAUGGCGUAACUCUGAACCUCACUUCGGCCAUUUGCAUGAACGAGUGCCCACAGGAAGGCACCACUGUUCUUUGCCCGGGCAACUUGGACAUCUCAGAGACGGAGGAGGUAAGAGGUGCAAGCAUCUUGCUGGUGCGCACAGAGAAGCAGCUAUUGUCUCCGCAGAAGGCAGCAGCGACGAAGACCUGGAUCGAUCGAUACUGCGUCCCCACUGUGCAGAUCGGCGACGCGUUGUUGGCUGGAACCCCGCUGAUGGGGAAAGUGGGCUCAGGUGCCGUGACCGAGGGCUUCCUUAGCGUCUUUGACCAGCUGUCCAGCCUGGCAGCUGCACCGCGGCUGCUGACUGCGGCAGCCGUUUGCACACUUGUGCUUAGCUUGGGCUAUCUGCUGUGCCUCAGAUUUUUCGCCCUUCUCUUCCUGCGCCUCGCAGUGCUUGGCUCCGUGCUGGUGUGUUCUAUCCUAUGCGCCGGGCUGGCUGUGGCGAUGACCUCGCCCAGGUGGAUGGAUGGAUUUAUGCCCGGAGAAGGCCAGUGGGCUUUUCUGGUCAGCUCUGGUCUUGCGGGUCCCUGGGUGCGGGCCAUUGCGGCUGCUGCUGCGACGGCCGGGCUGUUGCUGGCCGGAGCGCUUCUGGCAGGAUGCCUUUGCGCAAGGCGCAGCAUGGAUGUGGCUGCAGACUGCAUUCGCGAGUCCUGUGCAGUGAUGUUGGCUAUGCCCUCGCUGGUGCUAUUGCCACUGCUGGAUGCAGUGUGCUCACAGCUGCUGUGGCUGCUUCUUUUGCUGGGCCUGGCACUGCUGCUGUCCAAAGCCGAGGUGCAGGGUAUGGCGCUGCUUGGGGUGGAAGGAGUCUUUCGCCGCUUCAACUUGACAGCUGUGGAUUGCUUGCGCAUCGUCUCGCUCGCCUUUUCCUGCUUCUGGAUUCAGGAAGUGGUGGGGGCGGCCUGCAUGUUCGCCACCGCGCACUCGGUGGCCAAGUGGUACUUUGCUCCGGGGAAGCGGUUGCUCCAGAAAGCCCGGCACCUGCCUUUGGCACCAGCGCUGCAAGGACUGGCAGUGGCGGGAAUUUGGCACCUGGGGUCCCUGGCCCGUGGUGCCUUUGCCUUGGCCCUGCUCCGCCUGGUGCGCUGGGCCCUGUGGCUGAUGCAUCUGGCCUUGCGCCAGGACGAGGAGAAGGGCAAGCAAAAGCGGCGCUGUUGCUGCCGGUGCUUCAUGGUGUUCUGCGACGCCUUUCUCGCCACGUUGCAAGCCUUGACUGAAUUCUUGAGCAGCCACGCAUACGUCGACAUUGCUCUGAGUUCGAACUCCUAUGCAGCAGCAGCGGCCAAGGCCUUCAACAUUCUGGGCAGCCACGCUGGCCUGGUCUCUGUGCUGUCUUUGGUUGCCUGCUUUUUGCGAGUUGCUGGAUCCCUCCUUCUGGCUGCUAUGGCUGGUUGCGCUGCGUGCAUGCUGACGAGGCACCCAAUUUGGCUGGAAGCUGGAGCAGAGCUGACUCGUCAGUUGCAGGCCUCGGGCCUUCCUUUCUGGGCUCAGCAGCUGACCGAGCUCAGGGCCGAGGGCCAGGCCGUCAGCAGCGAGCUUCUGGGUGUUGCCACAGCCUUGAUGAUGCUGCUGGCGAGCCGGGCCAUGCUUUUCACUGUGGAAGGCACCGCUUUCACGGUGCUCUACUGCUUGCUGUGGGACAGCUCGGAUGGAGUUCUGGAUGCAAGCCACGUGCCGGAGUCCUUCUGGCAGUUCGCCCGGGAACAUGGCAUUGCUGGCCGGCGACGCCCAGAAGGCAAAAUCUGACUGCUGAGCUCAGCUUGAGACAGGGUUGCCGCAAAGUAGGCAUGAAGAAACUGUCGGCACGUGCUGAGGAAUGAAGCCGAGCCACAGGCGAUUUCAAGUGUGCACGUCUGCACGGCAGACAGGAAGGACAGCGCAUGUACAGAGGACGCAGGCGGUGUGAACGACUGAGCUGAACUGAAGGCAAUCUAGAAUUAGCUUUGCCUGCCGCAUGCCGCUAAGUUGCUAUGCCCAAAGCUGC